AUGCUUUGGAUCAAAAACCUCGUAAGGUUCUCUCCGACAACUUCGUCGGUCGGAAACUUGUUCAGAAACCCAGAAUCCGGCUACACUCUCACCUCUCGUUUCUGUACGGCUCUGCAACAGAGCGAACCGGUUCAAGCAGCGACGGAGGUGGUUAAUGGGUUGGAGCCACAUCGUUACGAUGGUUUGGCUCCGACUAAACAAGGAGAGAAACCGAGAGUGUUGGUUCUCGGGUCGGGUUGGGCGGGUUGUCGUCUUAUGAAAGGGAUCGAUACGCGUAUUUACGACGUCGUUUGUGUCUCUCCGAGGAACCAUAUGGUUUUUACUCCUCUCUUGGCUUCUACUUGUGUUGGUACGCUUGAGUUUAGAUCUGUUGCAGAGCCAAUCUCUCGUAUUCAACCAGCGAUUUCGAGAGAACCUGGUUCUUAUUACUUCAUGGCUAAUUGCUCAAAACUUGAUUCUGAAAAUCAUGAGGUGCAUUGUGAGACUGUUACUGAUGGAUUAAGCACAUUGAAGCCAUGGAAGUUCAAGAUUGCUUAUGAUAAAUUGGUACUAGCUUGUGGAGCAGAAGCAUCCACAUUUGGAAUCAAUGGCGUUUUAGAGAACGCAAUCUUCCUCCGUGAGGUUCAUCAUGCUCAAGAAAUCCGUAGGAAGCUUCUUCUUAACCUCAUGCUCUCUGAAGUUCCAGGCAUAUCUGAGGAUGAGAAGAAGAGGUUGUUGCAUUGCGUUGUGGUUGGAGGUGGACCGACUGGUGUCGAGUUUAGCGGUGAAUUGAGUGAUUUCAUCAUGAAAGAUGUUCGUCAGAGAUAUGCUCAUGUCAAAGACGAUAUUCGUGUUACUUUGAUCGAGGCAAGGGACAUACUUUCUUCUUUCGAUGAUCGGCUCAGACACUAUGCAAUCAAGCAGUUAAACAAGUCUGGAGUGAAGCUUGUGCGUGGGAUUGUGAAAGAAGUGAAGCCUCAGAAGCUAAUCCUUGAUGAUGGAACCGAAGUUCCUUACGGUCUCUUAGUCUGGUCAACUGGUGUUGGUCCAUCUUCAUUUGUGAGGUCUCUUGAUUUUCCUAAAGAUUCUGGUGGAAGGAUUGGAAUCGAUGAGUGGAUGCGUGUACCUUCUGCACAAGAUGUGUUUGCAAUUGGUGAUUGUAGCGGUUAUCUUGAGAGCACAGGGAAAUCAACACUUCCUGCUCUUGCACAGGUGGCUGAGAGAGAAGGCAAAUACUUGGCGAAUCUACUGAACGUGAUGGGAAAAGCUGGAGGAGGAAGAGCUUUCACCGCUAAGGAAAUGGAACUUGGAGCACCAUUUGUGUAUAAGCAUUUGGGAAGUAUGGCUACUAUUGGAAGAUACAAAGCUCUUGUUGAUCUCCGUGAGAGUAAGGAAGGAAAAGGGAUAUCAAUGGCGGGUUUUGUGAGCUGGUUCAUAUGGAGGUCUGCCUAUCUUACUCGAGUUGUCAGCUGGAGAAACCGCUUCUAUGUCGCUAUCAAUUGGCUCACCACGUUCGUCUUCGGCCGCGACAUUAGCCGAAUCUGA